CCUGCAAUGGUUUGGAGCAAAUCAAUAGCCAGCGACGUCCUGGCCUCCAGUGUGUUUGGCUGGCCGCUAAUGACAUCAGCCGGUUGGGUUCUCAGGUGGCGUGUUUGGUUGCUAGCUUGCCAGGGUUAGCCCUGAGGUCAGCAGUGAGCCGGGGUGACAUCAUCAGCAACGUCAAACACGGCCAGCAUGCCAGUGAGACACGGGGAGUAUACAGCGAGUGAUGAUGAUUUUCUCCCAGUAACAGUGGGCCGGCCUCAUUAUAAGACGAUUGCGGAGCCCUGUGCAUACCAACCCCGUGUGCAUUAUGUGCUUGCUGUUGCUGUCGGGGAGUCAUAUGCACGAUAAUGUAAAGUGGCAUGCCAAGUACGGGUACAUGUACAUGUAGUGUGCAUGGGAACCUUAUGAGUACCGUGGGCAUACAUGCACAUUGUACAUGUGUGUACGUACAGUGCAUAUAGUGAAAUCUUGUCUACGAGAGAGGGUAGCGACGAGCCACCCUAUUGUUUAUGUACAUGUUCUGCAUACAUCUGGGGGAGUUUCUCAGUGUGCCUACAGUGCAUUUCAUUCAGUGAUGCUGUCUACUGGUACAUCUCUCUCCCCCUCUCUGGCCGCAUCUCAGUAACCGCGACGACAGGGAUGAAUGUUGAAGUGGCUGAAGCUCGUGCAUGAAUUACGGUGGCAUUGCGGACCGGAAACAGUGGCUUGAAACCCCCCCUUCCACAAGCCUCUGUACACACAGAUUUGGUGUGACUUCCUUCUCCGAAGUAAGUACUCGGACAGACGGAACUGGCCGUCAGGAUCCUCUGUACCUGCCGUGGGGAUAGUGUUACUGACAGGGACAGCGUGGAUAAAUAGCCAGCUCUCUGCCUGGUUGGAUGGGAUGCAGAAUUCUGAUACAGAAUCUUGUCACUCGUGAUUUUUCUCUACUGUCUUCAUCGUCAAUACGGUAUCAGCAUUGGAUAGUCAGUAUUGCACGACGUGUGGAUGUUUGUUUUGACAAUUGAAGGCCCUACUUGAUUUGAAACCAUUCAAAUUAAGCCUGUUACCCUUACAAUAGCGAGUAAAUGGACAAGGGUUUUCAAUCACAGCGCAUGUCUGCAUGUACAUGCACCUGCACCUGUAGAAGUUGAUUCUUUUACCAAUUCAAGUCUGCUAGCUGCCUGUGUAGCGUCUGUUUUCCCAGAGAACAUGUAUUCUGCAGUUGGCGGCUAGCCAAAGUGGAGUCAAAUGAUAAAGACAAGACUACACCAUUGCCCCACAGUGACAGCUAUUUCGCCCAUCGCCCGCUGCCCGUCAACGAGGGAGAAAUUCAACUCACAUAAUCCACAACAUUAUUUAAAGGGACAUAGUUCCAAUGGAGCAGGGAAUGUAAUGUAUGAGUGAGUAUCAUGUCAGCCGUUGAAAAGACCAGCGGCUCUGAGAAGAAGGUGGCCAAGCCCAAGCUCCCGGAUGCCAAGGGGGAAAUGGAAGGCAAAGACGGGAAAACGGAGACUAAGCCCGAGGUCAAAACGGAACUCCCUAAACCAGAGAUCAAGAUACAGUGCGUCAAGCCGGAGAUCAAACGCCAGGACAGCAACGGAAGCCGCAAGGUGCCGACCCUUAAGAAGGAUUCGUCCUUUGAGUCCAAGAAGGAAGGCGGGGCCAAGGACGGCAAGGCUGGUGACUCAAAGAGGACGGACGGCAAGAAAGAGCGACCGGACUCGUUCAAACGGGACCCCAAACUGGACUCACCCAAGGGGAGGACAGAACCCAUCAAAAAGCAUGACUGUAGCAAAAACAUAGGGAAGAAGGUGCCCGUGGCUGGGCGGGGCAGGGGGACGGAGAGGGAGGGGCCAGGGGAGGGGAUUCCCCGGCUCCAGAGACAAGCCAGCCAGGAGGAGACAGAGGCAGCGCCCAUCCGUCGUAGGUCAAACCCCAGGUCAAAGUUGAGCCGGAGUCAACCAGUGUCGGAUGAUUCCUCACCCCCACAGACCCCCGACCUCCCGCUCACUGAGCAGGCCUUCAUGAAACUUCCGCGCGUGGACCAUUUCUCCAGACUGCCUCACCAGCUGAGUGGUGACAUUCCUCCUAACAAGGUGUGUAAGCAGCCCAGCUAUGAAGCCAGGAGCGAACCGGCUCUGUCGCGAGAACCGAGCCAAGAGAAGGAGUUGUACAUAGACUCGAGCGGUGUGGACCUCCACCAGUUCAUUGUGGACACGCUACAGAAGCCCAACGACAGAACAAUGCUGCUUAAACUGGAGCAAGAGCUCUGCAAAUUCAUCCAGAACCAAAAAGAACAUGUACGUAAGUUUCCUCCCAUGACGUCCUACCACCGUAUGAUCGUUCACCGUGUCGCUGCAUAUUUUGGCCUUGAGCACAACGUAGACCAGGCGGGGAAGUCUGUCAUCGUCAACAAGACGCCCAACACAAGAAUACCAGAACAGAAGUUCCGUGAGCAUAUAAAGGACGAGCCUCAAGACGCCCAAGCUAAACGCAUCCUUAAACGGGACACAGCAAGCUUCGAGGACAAAGAAGAUGAGGACAAAGGCGGCUACGAGAAACUUGAAGGCGGGGUCAUCGUCCCCGGCGGCCAGCUCAAGGACGAUAAGAAGAGUAAAUCGUACGAGGAACGGGAGGAGGAAUAUGAGCGAGCUAGGGCCAGGAUCUUCAACCAAGAUUCGAGCUCAUCUCAAGAGGGUACCAUCCUGAUCGAAUCUCCUGUCAGGCCCAUGCGCUGUGGUCCGCUGGCCCCUUCCAGCCGCCAGAACAGCGGUACCUCGGACGACUCCACCUACCACUGGAAGCAGGACCGGCCCUGGAGCAGCGUGGACUCUUCCAGUGGCUCGGAGCGGCCCUCUAUCCCUGCCGUCACCAAGGCCAGCAGCUUUGCCGGCAGUGGGCUCAGCACCAAGAUCCUGAUGCGCAAUGACAGCAGCGGCAGCAGCCGCAGCAGCGGGAGCUUGGGCAGCAGGGGCAGCCUGGGCAAGCUGCCAAGAGGAGAUUCCUCAGAGCGAGGAGCUGGCAGCCCCAACGUCCGUCCAUCCCCGGCGUUCCAGUACCACCCCUCCCUUGGCACCAUCAGCCAGGUCCAGCACCCGCCACAAUCUUACUCUGCCCCCUCCGUCUCCAACCCCCAGGCCUACCAGGGCACCCAGGUCACGUGGGCCAGCAGUAUGCCCACAAGUCAGGGAGUGCCACUCCUAGUCCCGUCCGGGUCACCCCAGGGGACCCCGCAGCCGGGAGCCAUCAACCAGCCUGUUCUGUUUGCUGCACCCAACAUUGAAUCUGUCCCUCCAGGGAGUGUGCUGAUCAACCCCCAAACAGGGACACCAUUUUUAAACCCAGAUGGCACCCCGAUGGUGUACCAACCACAGAAUGUCAGCCAGCAACAAAUUGUGUCCAGCCAGCAACAGCACCAACACCAGCAGCAACAGCAACAGCAGCAAUCCUUACCCAUCACCAGUCUACCCGGCCAGCCCGGACACGCCUUCCCUACCCAGCAGCAGAUGAUGUCGCAGCACGCCUUGCAACAGCAACCGCAGCAGCAGCCACAACCGCAGCAGCAGCCACAACAGCAGCUGCCGAUGGUCUCAUCGCAGCAGCUCCCACACCAGCACCAGCAGAUGGCCGGCGGCCAGUUUGCGGCCGUCACUGGCCACGUGGGAUCUCCCGGUGCUAUCCCCCAGCCUUGCGGGCUACCGCAGCAGCAGCAGCAGCAACAACUGCAGCAGCAACAACAGCAACACGGAAUGGUGCACCAUCAACACUCAGGGGAUUAUCAGGAUUUAAGUGCACAUGUGCAGCAGUUGCAUUUCAGCAGGCCAAUGUCAGGUGGCGACGGUGACCUUGCACAACAGCUGCACCAACAACAGCAGCAGCAGCAGCAACACCAACAACAGCAGCAGUUGCAGCAACAGUUGUUUCAGCAACAACAGCAGCAACAGGCACAACAGUCGGUCUCAGCUGCGCAGCAAUACCUGCAAGGUUCCUUUGUACGACCCGUUGGCCACGUGGGGAUGGGUUCCCCCGGGGUGCAGGGGUCGACUCAACAGCACCAGCCCCAGCCGAUGGGGCAGCCACCCUCUCAGCAACAUGCCCAGAUGGUAUCUCAAGUUCCCCAGUCUCAACAAGUGAGUGUUCCAGGUCCAAUGAUGCGUCCCUCUCCGCCAUCUCAACUCCUUCCCCAACACUCCAUACAGGGCCUCCAACAAGCACAACCUCAGUCUCAACAACUUCCCACCAGCAGCCCUCACCAACUGAGCCUGGUGUCCCCCGGGAGCCAACCCCCAGGGGGACCUGUCUUGUACCAAACGCAGGCUGGGCUGGUGAGUCCCCAACAGCCCCUGGCCCCGCCAGUGCCACAGGUCUCCUACCCGCAAGGCUAUCAGGGUGUGGUUCCCCCACCACAGCAGCAGCAACAGAGCCAGCCACAGAUCAUGUACCAGCCUCCCUUGGAUCACCAACAGCAACAACAGCAACAGCAGCCACAGCCACAGCAACUGCCACCAUUUAGUCAAUCUCUGCCAAUCUAUUACCAGCCAGCCAGCAUGGCUGGCCACCCUGUUUUGCAAGGCGGCCAGCAGGAAAUGCAACAGCGGCCAACCUCCCCAAGUGCCCCGACUCCUGUAAUGUUAAACCAACAGCAGCUGAUGAAUUACGCCCCUGGCAUGGCCGGGCAGCGUCCGCCGUCCCAGCAACAGCCGCCGCAGCAGCAACAGCAGCAACAACAGCAGCAAGCUCAGCUUGUGGCUUCGGGUCCUUACAUGCAAGGGACGCUAACAGGGCACCCCUUAACCCCUCAGACUCUGUUGCAAUAUCACCCGCACUCGCGACGGGCGUACGGCGUGGACCAACGUGCAAUCAAGAGCUGGGAGAUGUACGGACCGGAGGGUUCCAUGCAAAGUCCCGGUGUCUCGCCCUCACAGAGUCCCGGGCCUACCUACCUGAGAAUGAGUCCACAAGAAAGAGGAAGUACUAGGUCUGGUCAAUUCAAAGUACGGCCCCCGAGGGCGCCACGGAGACAACGCAAGAUCCAGCACUCAGAGGCAAUUGGUCAGCCCGAAGCCAUAGAAGCACCAGCAGCUGUUCCUGAAAUUCUAGAAGUUGCCAAUCUGUCGGGUGACCUCACUUGUAAAGCGACGUGGACCCUCCUGGAGGACGUUGGGAAACUCGGCGGCGAGAUCAGAUGGUGUCCCAAUGAUGGUCAGAGCCCGUGCUUAGGAUAUCAUCAAGUUGAUCCAAACGACCAGGUUUCCAAUUACACGGUUCUCAUCAGGUUCCCGUCGGCAGAAGCAAGUCAGAGCGCCCUCAGUAGUCUAUCUAGUGCCACUUUCACUCUUCAAGUUCCUGAGCGGGACUACAGUCAACGUUUAUCACACCAGCUGUCAACAUAGUCCACUUUUCUUUUUCUUUUUUUUUCAUUUUUUUUGUAAAUUACUACGAUGGUUAUUUUUUCAGCUUUUUAAAGCCUUUUAGUUUUAACAGCUGUUCUUAAACAUUAAAAGCAUCAUGGAAAUGAAUUGAUCCAGUACAUUUGCCAGGAGAGCUUGUCAGUGAAUGGAGACAACCAAGAUUUGUAUUUGAAAUUGUGUGCGUCUUUCAAAUUGAUAGCAGAGCAUUAAAGAUCGCUGGGAAUCGAGGAGGAAUUAGGAAAUGAAAUUACUUAAAGACAGUCUUUGACCUUAUGUUACAUAUGUCGUGUGGGUAGUUUUUUUGUAGUCGAGCAUUGUUAGGUAGGAUAUCUUUGAAAUGUUGUAGAGCACAAUUUAUAUCACAGGAUGGAAGUAUAUAUGUAAGAAUAUAUAUUUUAAUGUUUGAAAAGAAAAAGAGAAUUUGCCCAGUUUUUUGGUUUCGUUUGGUGGUCGUGUGUCAUGGGGCCGAUUUCAAUAACCAGAAAUUCUGCUAAGUAGGUUUGUUUGACACUGCAUGCUAAGUGCCAACCAGUGUUACUGUGUAAGUUCCACUGGAAGUUGGCCAUUUAACGAGUAAGCAUGUUUAUUGUUCAUUUACCGCUUAACAGGAUUGCUUAUUGAGAAACCGGUAACCCUCGUAUUUCCCCUUGUGGUGCAUUUUAAUUUGGCUCUUUAUUUUAUCCUAUUCCAUUUUAUGUUUGUCAUCCAGAAGGUGAGAAUGUUGAAACGAUCCAGAACCUAUGAAACUUACUAAAUUCCUGAAAUUGGAAAUUCUCACCUAGCAACCAAAACUACACAAGAGUUUCUCGCCAAUCUUUCUUCACUUUUUGUAAUACCCAGUAUUCCUGAGGCAAAGAUACAGAUUUACUUUUCUUGGCUCAAACUCCAGGAUGGCAGAGUAUGAGAUCAUCCCUGUCCAACCAUGUCGGUUCCACUUUCCACACCUACUUCAAAUUACAACUUCAAAUGCUACCCCGAAAAACCCCCCAUCUGAAUAGCCCCAUGAACCUUCCAAAUGAGCGCUAUGCCCGAAAUCAUUGCCAACCUUUUGCAUGUACAUGUUCUUUUCAAUUCAUUUUAUUAGUCCAAGGAUACGUUUCAAAUCCAAACAUGUUUUCAAACUGUGAUCCAAAAUUUCAUCCUUGAAGAUUUUUUUUCCAGGGGUGGGGGUGAAUGUGCUUUUGAAUUUUUUUUUUGGGGGGGGGUGUUUUAAUUUUGAAUGUGCAACUGUGUGUGUGUGUGAUUUGAACUUUUUUAAGUACAGUCACUGCAUGUGCAACCCGUAUUCAGGCAACUUUUAGAGGUUACAGUGUGUAAUCCUAUUGUAGUAUUGGUCAUGUUAGGAUAUUGCAAACAGACUUGGCCCUUAGACGUUUUAUUUAUUUUACUAUUUUAUGGGGGAAGGGGGGUUGCUUGAAAUCUGUAUUUAUGGGUCCUUGUUUCUUGUUGCUUCCAAUUCAUUUGCAGUAUAGAAUGAGCGUUAAGCCAGGGCCUGCAAUAUUGUCCUGGCAUUUUUAUGCAUUUGAAAACCAACAAAAUUGAGAAGGAAACUUCGAGCUGGUACUUUGCUUGAGAACAUGGUUCCAUACAAACUUUUUCCAAAAUGCAGACUUCUCUUUGGCUUUUGAGACACAAACACUUCACAGAAUUGUGUUGGAUUGCAGUUAUUUCAAGCAGGAGAACAACUGCAGGAAUAUUUGGAUAUUUCUGUCUUCAGUGUGUUAAUAUUUGUCCUGGUACUUUCUGUCAAACUAUCAUUUUUGUUUUCAUCCUUAUCUUUCCCCGUUGUUUCAGACCGUAGUUUAUGAUUUUUGUGGGGAAAUUUGUCAAGCCCUCAUCCCAAUUCCUACCUGCCCAGAUCCAGUGAAAUUCGACACAUUUUAGAGAAAGUAUUUGGUGACUUCAAGCCCACGCACCACCAUUACUAUAUAUGGGCAGUGAUGUCUAAUUUGCCUCUGUACAAAGAACAUGCCAUUGGUUUUCGGACCAUUUUGGAUGAUUUGGACAGGUUUCUAACAAAAAUACCCUGGAAGUUAAAGUGAAUCAUUGUUGAACUUUAACCUUUGGCCAUCAGUGACCCUUGACCUAUGUACCUCAUUCCCACCUAGUCGUCUGUCAGAUUUCAGUAUUUUGCCUCCUUGUGUCGAUUUUGGGUGAAUUGAUAGACUUAAGAAAAGUCUGUGGUGUAAUUCUUGUACUUCUUGCUGGCAAGGGUCAUCAAAUUCUGAAAUACUGUCACAGAAAAUUGUUAUUAGUCAUACUUAAGAAUCUUUUUUUUUGUUUGGAGAAACAUACUAUUCUGGGUAGAGUUGAUUACUUAAUUUUUCCGUUCAUGGUUGUGUGUUACUAUUAGGUAGGUAAGUUUCAUUUUGGGGAAGAAUGACCUCAACUCUCUGCAAAUUGGAUGCCCUUGCAUUUCCGGUGUGUAAUUGUGUAUUAUACAUAUAUGUAGGUUACGUUGCAAUGGUUUUUUUUAAAAGUUACCAAAUUGAUAUUUUUCAGAUAGGUGAAAAUUUUUUAUUACUGAAGGAUUGUUUCUUGUGAGUAUUUCUCUGUAGCUCUAAAGGAAGCAAUUCAGUAGGGUUUGGGAAUGCAAGGUGUCGCUUAUUUGGAAACAGGAAAAGGAUUAUGCAUUGUUUUGUGCUGUGCUGUACGCACACGUUAUAUGCUGCCUAUUCAACCAAUCAUUUGUGCCAAAAAAGGUGUUUUUUAAUAUGCACUGGUGUGGAAAAAAAAAAGUCAACAUAUUGGGAACCAGUUUCAUGAAAAUCACAAAGUAGUUUGCUGUCUUACAAGUCAAGUUGUUCAAAUGUAUCAUUCCUCUCAUGGAUUGGACGGUCAAGAUCAGCCUUUUAUUGUAUUUUGUGCCUGCAAACAAGUCUUAUAAAUUGCAUAUUCUAAUUACAAAUACGUGCCAGUCAAUUUUUUUUAGAUCGGUUGUGUUGUGAUUUUCAUGGAACUGGUACCCUGUGAUUUUUUGCCUGGUAACCGUUGCGCACAAAUGCAGUUUAUAUUGUAAUUCCACUGACACUGGUCAAGCUGAGUACUUGUAGUCACAAGCAAUAGCACCAGAAUGAAGCCCUUUACAUGGUAGUCGUAAUAUUGGCACACCUUCACAAGAGCCGUAGCAGCACCUCAGUUGUCACAUUUGGAGCCGUGUCAAUAGCAGCCUUGGGAUAGCCGUCACCAACCGUGGAGAUGGGACAUGUUCUAGAGUAGUGCAAUUUUGUUGGAUCUGUUGAUUGUGUAGAUUUGGGUACCUGAUAAUAGGUCCAUAGAAGUGGUGCCUAGCCAUGGCCCCGAGCUGUGGUCCAUGUCACAUAGUAGCAGUCAGUGGUCCACAGAAAUAGUGCCUGUCCAUGGCCCGAAGCCGUGGGCCAUGUCCCAUGAUAGCGAUCUGUGGUCCAUAGAAGUGAUGCCAGACCAUGGCCUUCAGCAGUCAGUGUCUUUUGGCAGUGGUCCAUGGUCUACAGAAAUGGUGCCUACCAUGGCUUGUAGCAUUGGUGCCAGCCCAUGGCCCACAGCAGAGGUACCUGCAGCUGCCUCCUAUGGCCCAUAGCAGUGGUUGCUGCCAAGUAGCAGUUUUCCAUGGCACAUGGUCAUGGCUCUUGGCAUGUAGCUGUGGUCCUGACCCAUGGAAGUGUUCAGCUGUGUUCCAUGGCACAUUGCUGUGGUCCGUUGCACAUAGUUGUUGUCCACAACAAGUAACUGUGUUCUUUGACCCGUAGUGAAUCCUAGCAAUGGCAUUGAUGAGACCUAUCAAUCGGCUAGGCUUUUUCACAAUAGCACUGGUGCCUAUAUCAUGGCCUGUAUCAGUGGUCAAAGACCUUGAUCAGUAGUCCAUGGCCCAUAAUAAUGCACCUUUACUCUCAACAAUGGUCCAUGAACCAUAGCAGUGGUCCACUGCCCAUACUCUUGCCCGUAGUAGUGGUCCCUAUUCAUGAUUUCCCAACCAUGGCCCGUAGUGGUAUUUUAAACCAUUGAACCUACUCAGCUCUCCCACAAGUGCGCACAACUCAGUGAACUAGGCAAAGAGGGCCCCCAGCAUAUGAAGAGCAGGGCCCAAUUUUAUGGUGCUGCUUAACAGCAGAAAGUCGUGCUUACUGUAGCACAAAAAUUUGCUAACUGUUGGCACUAUUUCAGGACUGUGCUUAGCGUGGUUGUGCUCACAGUUGCACACGCGUAGAGAUUUCCAUUGUUGCAUCACUAAGUUCAGCCAGUUUUUCCUCCGAGGUUAGCGUGCAUUUUGCUGUGCUUACUGCUUACUUUCUCCAUGAAAUAAGCUGAGCCUCUGCUGGCAAAAAAUUGUGUACUUAGCAGCACUGUGAAAUUGGCCCCAGAUCUUCAGAAAUCACAUGCUUUGCUUACUCCCAUUAAAAACCAACAAAACUCAACCUAAUCUAUCAAAGAAGUUUGCUGAUAAGCAAACUUGCAAGUUGAAAGGCAAGUUUCGAAGUUUUCGUGUACUUAAUUUUGUGUGGCCAAUUUUUUUUAAGGGAGAAAGUUAACUCAUGGGGGGCAUUGAACAUAGAGAACUUGGGGUGACCUUCAUGAGAUCUGUUUUGCUCCUGGGGCAUCUAGGCAUAAGGCUGUCAAUAACUCUCCUUUAAAAUCACACCUUUAAAAAAAUUUUGGUAUAUAGAUUUGGCUGGUGUUGUUUGCUAAAGAAACGCGACCAUAAUUCACUCUGAUUUUCUCCUCAAAAGUAUUUCUGUAGAACAAGGACAAGGCCUCUUUUCAAUUGACAUUACAUGAGAGUUCUUGGUUGGGAUAGUAGAGAAGCCAUCAAGCAAGACUAUAACACAGGUGAUAUUAUUUUACUUGUGUUCAAUCAUGAUAACAGCAUUUGAUUGGUUUAUAUUUCCAAUUCAGAUAACUUAAAUAUCCUCUUUUAUUAACUAAAAUCGUCAGUUUUGACUCACUUUCUUCUGCUAAAUCUAAUCCCAUUAGAUCAAGUCCCAGCUGUCAGUCAACUAGUUUCCAGGCCCAUUUAGAAAUUGGCAAUCAUGAGAAGUUGGCAGUUGUUGAAGAAUGUCGAAGCACUAGCUACUCACUGUUCUUUGCAACACUGUCGACAAACGUUCAAACACAGAAUUCUGUCAGGUUCCAUGAUCCUGUGAGCUGAGAUGUGUGCAUAAGCCCCCCUCCAAACACCCUGACAAGCCCCUCCCCCCACCACCAAAUGCCCUGAUUAUAUAUUUUUCACGUG